UUUUUUUUUCCCCUUUCUUUCUUUUUAAAUUUUAUCCCCAGGCGGCCCCGGUGUGGAGGGUCCCUUCCUCCGCCUCAGGGGCGCCGGUGCCCGGCGCGGAGCGUAUGGGGCGGCGUUUCGGGAGGUUUUCGCUUGCUCCUGGCUCCCCCGCCGGAUGCUGCCUGGGCUGUUUUGGCUGCUUUUCUUCGCCGACGAUGAAGGCUCUGCCGUGAAGAUGGAGAUGAUCUGGGUUUUGUUCUUGUCUCUGGUACCGGUGUACAGCAGGGGACAAGGGGUUUACGCUCCUGCUCAGGCCCAAAUCAUCCAUGCUGGGCAGGCGUGCGUGGUGAAGGAAGACAACAUCAGUGAACGAGUUUACACAAUUCGAGAGGGGGACACGCUGGUCCUGCAGUGUCUGGUCACAGGACACCCCCGGCCACAGGUGAGAUGGACCAAAACCGCUGGCAGCGCGUCGGACAAAUUCCAAGAGACGUCAGUGCUUAACGAGACCCUUCGGAUUGAGAAGAUCCAAAGGCUGCAGGGGGGCCGCUAUUACUGUAAAGCAGAAAAUGGGGUUGGGGUUCCUGCCAUCAAGUCCAUUCGAGUAGAUGUGCAGUAUCUAGAUGAACCUGUUCUCACCGUUCACCAGACCAUCAGUGAUGUACGUGGCAGCUUCUACCAGGAGAAGACUGUCUUCCUCCGCUGCACUGUCAACUCCAACCCACCAGCUCGCUUCAUCUGGAAACGGGGAGCUGAGACGCUUUCCCACAGUCAGGACAAUGGUGUAGACAUCUAUGAACCCCUCUACACACAGGGUGAAACUAAAGUCCUGAAGCUGAAGAACCUGCGACCCCAGGAUUAUGCCAGCUACACAUGCCAGGUGUCUGUCCGCAAUGUCUGCAGUAUCCCUGACAAAUCCAUCACCUUCCAGCUCACAAACACCACAGCCCCACCUGCUCUGAAGCUGUCUGUCAAUGAGACACUGGUGGUCAACCCCGGUGACAACAUCACAAUGCAGUGCUCUCUGACGGGCGGUGACCCACAGCCAGAGGUGGUUUGGUCUCACUCUCCUGGCCCAAUGCCUCCCAACAGCAUUGUGCAAGGAGGAAACCUCACUAUCUGGAGGAUCCACGUUGAGGACUCAGGCUACUACAAUUGCACAGCUAUCAACAACGUGGGGAACCCAGCAAAGAAGACAGUGAACCUGCUGGUGCGGUCCAUGAAGAAUGCCACAUUCCAAAUCACCCCUGAUGUGAUCAAAGAGAGUGAGACUAUCCAGUUAGGGCAAGACUUGAAGCUCUCUUGCCACGUGGAUGCUGUCCCCCAGGAGAAGGUGGUCUAUUCUUGGUACAAGAACGGGAAACCAGCCAGGUUCUCAGACCGGUUGCUCAUCACCAGGAAUGACCCUGAGCUCCCACCUGUGACCUGCAGCUUGGAGAUUAUUGACCUGAGGUUCAGUGACUAUGGCACCUACCUGUGUGUGGCUACCUUCCAGGGAGCACCCAUUCCUGACCUCAGUGUAGAGGUGAACAUCUCCUCAGAGACUGUGCCACCAACCAUCAGUGUCCCUAAGGGUCAGUCCACGAUCACCGUCCGGGAGGGCUCCCGGGCUGAGCUGCAGUGCGAGGUUCGAGGGAAGCCCAAGCCACCCAUCAUCUGGUCCCGGGUAGAUAAGGAAACCCCCAUGCCUUCAGGGACAAUGACGAUGGAGACAUACGAUGGGAAGCUGCGCCUGGAGAGUGUGAGCCGGGAAAUGAGUGGGACCUAUAAAUGUCAGACAGCCAGGUACAAUGGCUUUAACAUCAGACCCCGGGAAGCCAUGGUGCAGCUCAACGUGCAGUUCCCCCCUGUGGUGGAGCCAGCCUUCCAGGACGUGCGCCAGGGCGUGGGGCGCAGCGUCGCCCUGCGCUGCACCAUGCUGAAGGGCAGCCCCAUGAAGGUGGCCACCUCCGUCUGGCGCUUCAACGGGACCCUUCUGGCGCAGCCCCUGGCAGAGCAGCAGGACUACUCGGAGCUGAAGGUGGACAGCGUCAGCCGGGAGACCAGCGGUAGCUAUGAGUGCAGCAUUUCCAAUGACGUGGGGGUCUCCACUUGCCUCUUCCAGGUGUCUGCAAAAGCUUACAGCCCAGAAUUUUACUAUGACACUCCCAACCCCACCUUGAGCCAGAAGCAAUCCAAGAAUUACUCUUACGUCUUGCAGUGGACACAGAAGGAACCCAAUGCUGUGGAUCCCAUCCUCAAGUAUCGCCUGGAAGUCCGGCAGCUGGCUCAGAGAAACACCAUCCAAACCUUCAUUCCUGUGCAGAAAAUGGAGAAAGGCCUAUUGUUGGAACACAUCUUGCCCAACCUGAAAGUGCCUCAGAGUUAUGAAGUUCGUCUGACGCCCAUCACCAGCUUUGGGGCUGGAGAUAUGGCUGCCCGCAUCAUCCGGUACAUGGAACCAAUCAACUAUCCUAACCCAACAGAUAACACUUGUCGCUUUGAGGACGAGAAGAUCUGCGGCUUCAUGCAGGACAAGAUGGACAACUUUGACUGGACCCGGCAGAAUGCCCUGACCCAGAACCCCAAACGCACAGUCAACACGGGGCCCCCCACGGACAUCAGUGGUACGCCGGAGGGUUAUUACAUGUUCAUCGAGGCGUCCCGGCCCCGGGUGACGGGAGACAAAGCCCGGCUCAUCAGUCCCCUCUACAACAUUACUGCCAAGUAUUACUGCGUCUCUUUCUACUACCACAUGUAUGGGAAGCACAUCGGCUCCUUGAACCUAUUAGUUCGCGUGAGGAACAAGCGCGCCAUCGACACCCAGGUCUGGUCGCUCAGUGGGAACCGGGGGAACAUGUGGCAGCAAGCACACGUGCCCAUCAACCCACCCGGGCCCUUCCAGAUCAUCUUUGAAGGUGUCCGGGGCACGAGCUACGAGGGGGACAUUGCCAUCGAUGAUGUCACUCUGAAAAAAGGGGACUGUCCAAGGAAGCCAAUUGGACCGAAUAAGGCGGUUGCUCUUCCAGGAAGCGGUGUCCCAGCCCUGCACAGCCCUUGUCUUUGUGGCCCAUUGACUUUCUUCCUUUACGUGCUGCUCAGAUGAUGGCAAGAGAGCGCUCCUGUCUUCGGACCGAGACAUUCCUGCUCCUUUCCUACUCAGCCACCUCUGCUCCUCUUCCUCCCCUCCUCACUGGCACACCAAAGUGUCCGUAUGUUACCAAAGACUGACAGGCAUGACCACGCAAAGGGAUCUGGUUCAGAACUGGAGCACUCCUUGAGAAAGUCAUAAUGUCUAGAACAAAAUUAAAAAAUAAAGACAAACAUUUUUUUAAAGCACGUGCACGAGAGAGAGAGUGAGAGAGAGAGAGUAAGGAAGGAAAGAAACAGAAACACUUGGAAAAGAAGGAACGAAAGACAAAAAAAUAGGAAUGAAGAAAUGUGGAGAGUGAAUGAAGGAGGAAAGCACCACCCUCAUGUUUCCUUAGGAAUGUCGGACAGGACUUCCUCAGGGAAGUGGAAACUUGUUUUAAACAAACAAACAAAAAUAUAUUAAAGCACAAAUUUCUACCAGAACAGUUACCUUCUUUACUGCAGAGCCCACAGCUUAGUGGAUGACACACCGCAGUACCCCCCUUGUCUCCCCACGCUUUCCCACUGGCUGGGGCUGCCCCGCUCCGGCUGCAGCUCCCUGCAGGAACGCCAGCCUCGAGUGUGGGGCAGCAGCCACGCCAUGUGCCGGUGGCUGGAGCACCUUCCCUUGCACCGCAUGUGCUUCAGUGUCUCCAUCCAUCCGCAUCUUCCAGGCUCUCAUGUAUUUAAUUGCCCCCUGUGUGGUUUGCUUUGGCCUUUCCCCACCACUCUGGGCUUCUCACCCGCCAGCCUGAAGAAGAUGGAAGAGGAAUGGACCCAUCACAUGGACCAUGCUGAGUGGUGGAGAAGUCCCGGCUGGAUCCGGCUACUGCAUUGGCCUCUGAGCAUCUCGUUCUCUCUCCCAGCACUCUUGCUGGGUAGAGAAACUAUGAGAGCAGGUCUGAGCUGCAAACAGAAAGGUGUCUCUGUGGGGCUGAGGGAUGGGGUGGGCUGGGGUGGGGAGGGAGGAACAGUUGGACAUUGGCUUCCCCCUGUGAAUGUUGGGAUGACUGUUGCCUCAGCCCUAAGUCCAGGAUUGCUUCUCUGCCUCUCUUCCAUUGCCUAUUUAUUUUGAUCUUUUGUUCCAUUGCUUAACUUUCUCCACUUCAAGCUUUUUGGAUUAUGUAAAGAGUCAAGCAUUUAAACCUUCUUGAGCCAGACAGGAGGUCCUGUGCCCAUGACCCAGCCCCUGGACCAGCAGUUCAGGCAACUCCAAUACUUCCCUCUCACCUUCUGAAGCCUUUUAGCAUGCACAGGGGAUUAGCUGCAGGGUGGGCCAAGUGUGGAAAUAGGCAUCACUGCUCAGGGGAGAGGUGCCUGAAUUUUGUCAGCAUGUGCAGCCUUGAAGGCACUCGGCUGCCACUGCCAAAGCAGUGGGCAGAGGAGCUGAAAGGUGGAACAAGCAGGAAAAUGUCCCAAGAAGGAUGGAGGCAGGAAGCGUGACUCAAAAGAGGGGCUUGUCCUGAGCUGUGGCCCUGUUUGCCACUGAGGAAGAGGGGAACAGGAAUGGGGGAAAUUCACUUUUUCCCUGCUGGCAUCAAGAAAGGGUAAAGUUGGUGUGUGUCUCCACUGCAGACCUGCAGCAGGUCUGGCCUGACCCUCUCAGGGUGGAGGCACGUGCUGCUCCAGAUGAACCCCCAGGAGAAGCGUCCACCCUGCACCGGCCAAGUGGGAUCUGUGGUAGCCUUGUUGCAACUAGAAGAAGCUCUGAGCAUGACUUACCGCCCUGCACAGUGCAGAGUUAGCCCCACAGGACUGUGAACUGGGGUUUACUAGCCCAUGCUUUGGCAGUUCAGUUCAGUGGGACUCUUCCCCCUAAGGGACACCCCAUCCAAACUCCAAAUCUGGGGCACCACAGGUACACGCUGAGCUAGCUUUCUCACCGGAGCCCCUGGUACCCAUGGCUCCUUACUCACUUCUAAUGAAUAUAUCAGCUUCUCUGAGACAAUUGUGCUUGUCUAAAAUCACCUGAAUAUAUUAGCUGCCUCCUGUAUUGCUCAGCUCCCAGCAGCAGCUGGUGCCUCAUUUCCUCUGCUGAUGGAGGGGGAAAGCUCUUAACUCCCAAGAGAUCCAGUUUGAAGUCUUGAAACCCCUCACUAUGUCGUGGAAGGGCAUUUAUCUGCACUAAUGCUCCCCAGCCACUAUCAGAGAGAGAAAGGACACCAGCUCUGAGGGACAAAGUGACCUCCUUCACAGGAGGGAUCGCAAGACAGUGAGGAGAUGAUACAGUUCUCCUCUGCUCCUGUUGCUUUUCUCCACUUCCAAGAAUGAGGUCUGUGUCUUUUCUGUCUCCACUCCUCCCUCCAGAGCCCAGACCUCAAUCAAACUGCCUAUUUGACCGAGAGACCUGUGAUUGUCUCCCAGGUCCAGGCAGUGUUGUGGGAUGCUGUGGAUGCCAACAGCAAUUCUGCUUCUUGCUGUCUGUUGCCAUUUUCAUGGGCAGCCAGCGCCACCAUCAUCUUUUAGCUGAAUUAUUUCAGUCAUAUGCUCUUCCUUUCCUCCAUGUUUGUUGGCGGCCAGAAGUCACCACCCCAUUCCUGAUAAGAGUCCACUUCUAGGAGAGCGAUGGUGCUUUCUAGGGGCCUUUGGGUGCUUCACGAUGGCUCCUGAUCUGUCAGUGGCAAACAUUUGUGUUGCGUUGCUGGUUCCAGGAGGCUUCUGCUGGGCAGAAGAUGGAGACAGGAGCGUUUCCCCAUUGGUAAGAUAUACCCCAGGACAACCAUCUCACCUUCUAGGUUCUGAGGCAGAGACCCUUGUGGCCUUGCUUCUACUGGCUGCUUAGCCGGGGUUGCACGAGCAUGUUUUGCCGAUGUUUAGUGGGCAGCUGAGGUGCUGUGGGGCUGGGGAGGUGCAGCCUGAAGAUUCAGGAUCACAGGCAAAGCGUUAUCUGUGAGGCAAGUGUCAUCAAAGGGGCACCACAUUUUUAGAAAGGGACACCUGCAGGGAAGGUGUCCAUGCCCUGCUGCCAGCUCCUGCGAGGAAGGAUGUAAGUGCCUCACCAAGCCGACCCACAGCGCAGGCAGUGGGUACAGGGCAGAGCACCCAGAUCGUCCCAAUUGGAGGUGAAGCCUUCUCCUUCUGUCAGGCGUGGGCCCACCAGCUUCAGUAAAAGUCUCAGGGAGCCCCUUCCCACUUAGACCUCUGCUCCUUUAUCUCUGGUCGGAAAGCAGCUGGUGCUGAGUUUGGGGGAAAGUCAUUAACCCAAGUGCCUCAGCUUGUCAGAAGUACUGAGGACUUCAUUUCCCUGGCAGAUGCGCCGAGAGAGUGUAGCAGAGGAAAGAGGCACUUCGGCAGCAAGAAUGAGAAGCUGUGCAAUGAUAGGGGUGAGGGGGAGGCAGUGUUUCUCCUCUCUGAGGGUGGUAGUAUCUGUGGUUUACCACCCCGUACUCGAGGGGGCAAUCCUUGCAGUGGUGAUGCAUCCCAGGUGAGGUAUAAAGCCAUGCUCCUUACCCCCUGCAAUUAAAGAUCCCCUCACACUUUUCACAGUGUUCUGGCUAAAUUACAGUCCUUAAACUUAAUUACAGACUGCCUUCUUAAAUAUCUAUUGCAGCCCCAACAUUAUGUUUCUCGAUGUUUUAUGUUGCUCUGUGCCUAUCGAGUAUCUGCUUUAUUCCACUCCAGAAGUGGCUGCAUUUCAGUGAUGGUGGAGAUUAUUCCUGUACAUAGUAUGAAAGUCCCUGCAGAAGAAAAGUGCAAUAUAAAUUUAAGAGACUGCUUUUAUUUACAAGGAGACCUCUGCUUGGUAGUUGUAGAAAUACAUUAGGAAGAAUGCUGUGUGGGUGUUAGCCGAUAUAUACUCAACAACUUCUUUUUUUUCCAGGGUAUAAAACAGAAAAUAUGUGAGUGUGCAGGCUCCUGGGUAUAAGUUGUAGAUAUUAGAAGUAGUGAAUGCUACUGUGUAGUUACAAGUGGGGCUUACAAAGAAACUUUCAUUUGAAACCUCUUUUUGUAGUUGUUCGUUGUACUCUGAAAAAUAUACUUUUUUAUUAUAAUUUUUCACAGUUCAGUGCAAGUCCCAAUGACAGGUCAUCAACAGGACUUUAAUCCAUGGUUUUUAACAAUAUGAACAUCAAUUCCUACUGCUUACUCUGAAAAGCAACUCCUGGCUGGUAAUGGUAAUAGACUAUUUUUCUUCCACAUAGAUCAGCCACUGGAAAGCAAUGGAGCUAAUAUGUUUCAUUUGAUGUGGAGUUAAGUAAUUUGGAACGCUUGAGCACAACUUUUCCCAGCCGUAUGGGAGUAAAAAACCCGUUUCAUCUAUAUGAAAAACUUUGCAUAGUGAACAAAUGGCUCGGAAACUCCUAAAGUGAAGUGUUGUGAUUGGCAUGCAUGCAGAGCUACCCCAGCAGAGCUGCAUGGCAUGCUGCCUGAAGAGCAGCUGUAACAGCAGUGAUAUGGAGCCCUUCUUCUGGGAAGUAAUUUUCUUCUGGAAGGAAAUAGGGUGGCAAUCAGGGAAAAAAUAGGGGAGGUUCAGAUGUUUAGGCUGGUAAAUUUCUUGCAAAAAUAAUUUAUGGAUGUAUGAAUGAGCGUAGUAAACAUGAUACAAAUUGUAUUUUAUUCCCUAUUGCUAUUCAAAGUAUGGAAAUUUAAUUUCUUUCUAUAUGAAAUCCUACGGGUGCAAUACUCCAGAGCAACGUGAAAAUGCUUUAGUACCAAAGGGAGAACAGUGUCUGGCUUCCUCCUCCUCAGCCCGUCCCUAUCACUCUGUGGCAGGAAAAGCACCCUGCUUUUGGGCUGAUGCCCUGCGCUUCUCAGCCUGGGAGGGACAGUCACUGGGAGCAGCGGGCAGCGCUGGUGGGAGAAGCAUCCUUCCAUCUCACCAUCGUUGCCCUGAACCUUGUCUGCAGCGUGAAGCGAUACUCGUGCAAGGUGCUGAUAGGAGCAAGCCCUGCACCCUCCAGCUCUCAGGGAGGCUGAGGCUGGGAGUUUUACCCUUGGGAAUAGCCAGGGGGUCCUUCACGCUGCCCUGAGGGGAUCCCACCCACCCUGGGCAGUGACAGACCAAGGAACCAGGGUAUUUUCCCUCAUAGAUGGGGUAAAUGGUGUCACCUUAAAGAGACAAACUUUUGCCUUAAAGCAGAAAGCUCAGGGAGUUGCUGCUUCGGGGUGUUGCUGUUUGAGUCCCCUUCAUCUGUCAGAGCCAUGCAGAUUUCCAUCUCUCCCUGGAAAUUCAGCAGCACCCCUUUGCCUCUUGGGUGCCUUUGGGUAGCCUAACAACAGCAUGGAGGGACACAUCACCAUGGGCUCUGUGCUUUAAGCCGGUUGUGGUGGAACACAGCACCACGGCACACAGCGAUGCCCAGCUCUUGCACCCAGGGAGCAGGACCUUGCUUUUUAGUGAGGACAAGAAGUUGCACUGUGAGUAUUGCCUGUGCAAAUGAGAGACCUUCUCCCACUCCUGGCUUGGGCACAGACCAGUUUCAGUCCCCCUCUCUUUCUCCAUUAAACUGUCCAGACAUCUUGUCUUUUCCAGGCUGCCCUCAAUGCGGGCACACCCCUGUUCGUAGAGGCUACAAGCAUACAGCAGCAGGACCCUGUGUAGGCUGCAGGAGAAGCCAGGUGUUGCUGCCAUUUGUAUUUGCUUUGGCCCCACUGAUAACUGCUCAUCCUGCUCAGCCUGGGAAGUCGUUUAGUGCAGACAAAAGGCAUUUGCAGAAAAACAAGUGCUGGAGAGCUCUGGAAAUUGCAUUUUAACAGGACCCAAUUUACACUCCAUGGUAAUAACUGGCAGCUGGUGGUUUCCAGCAGGGAGCUGAAUAGCCCUGGCAUCGCAAAUGAUAGCUGGGUUAUAUAUGUGUUUUUCAGUACUCCCUUUGGGAGUAAGACACAUGCCAGUUUGGCCCACCACCUGCCACCACCUAGCCCACCACAGGGGGAUUCUGACUUCUUCGGAUGGCUACUUACAGUCUGGUAUGGUCACAUCAAACCAGACACAGCUACUUGUGCCCUGAAGGCCUUGAACAUCCCAAGUACUGCAGGACAGCCCAGGGCACCUUCACCCAACCUGCCUUUCCAGAGAGGGAGGGGAUGCAGCUUGCAGGGAGCUGUAGUCUCCAGGACACCUCUUGCCCAGUGGAAGAGCAGUGCCAUCCCUCUCCAUUUUGGCUGAGUGGGAUAUGUGCCUGACAUCUAGACCCUGGGUUGGGUAUAAGGUGCAUGCUUUGCCAUCAAGCAUCCUCCGUCAAAAGGAGAGCUCCAGAGACCGACAGCAGGUUAACAGGGCUCACCAUGUCCCUCUGUGGUGUUGCUGCAGGGGAUGGGGGGCUCAGUCCCCCUGAUAACUGCGUCUGGCACUUGUUACACCCUGCAUUGCCUAGAUCUGGUCUGGCGCCUUCUCCAACUUGCUCUCCCCAGCCUUGGCACAGCCUGAGGGGCUGGGGUUGCUGCCUGGAUGGUGGUGGUGGUGGAGUGGGAAGACAAGUGCGCUUCAGGGUAUGUAUUGGCUCCAUCAGGGACCUAGUGUGGGUCACAUCCUGGCUUCAUCAGAGGAAAAAGAGGGCUCACAACAGCCCCAUGGGUGGCUGAGAGGAUGGAACAGAGCUUGUUCAUGUUCUUGAAAAGGAGAGGGGAAAGAUGAGCUCCACGCUGUGUUGCCCUUUGUUUUACUGGUGUCAGGCAGUGGGCUCUAACCUGCAGCUGCUCAGGUGCUAAAGUGAUGGAGACUAAAGAAAAAAACCCUUAGAUCACAUUUCUCUGCUGGACCUGUACUAGUAAGAUGUGCUGAUCCAGCUCCAGAUCCUCAGCACAUCUGUGCGCGGAGAAGCCGAGCAUCCCACUGGGCCUGUACAGGUGAUCCCUCAGAGAAGCUGCAGAGGCAGGUAGCACUUGGGUCCCAGCACACAAGCACUGCCUUUCCCGCUGGUGCCUUUCAUGGUGAGGAUUUUCCAGCACGGGGCAGAAAGCAAGGGAAGGGGAGAUGGAGAAAUGCUGCCUUCGCUGGCAGCUGUUGCAAAAGUAGAGCUAGGUGAGUAGAGGUUUUUGUAGAGAUCUGUGAAGGUCUGUGGUAAAUCCAGGUUUUGCAUGCAUUUGGUAUGGCCUAUAAACCAUUUGUCCCUGUGGAAGGAGGCAAAAUUUUGUGCUUCCAGUAACUGUUGUCCUUAGGGGGAAUUUGGCUAUGAAUGCUUGGCUUCCAGUAGGACUUUUUACCCCCCAGAGUGGCCUAAACUCAGCAUAAUACAGGGGCAGCUGUACAGCUCUCCCAGAGUGCCGGUACCUCCAGCAGUGCCGGUGCCCAAAGCUCACAGUGCUGGGUGUGCUUUAUGCUGUAACGGCUGGGUCCUCGCCUGAAGUACUGAGCCAAGCGAAGGGUGCCUGGCUGCUCUACCGCCCUGCACAUGCAUACGUCCUGUCUACAAGCCAAGUCUGUAGGAAGAGAAAAGACCCGCUGCUGCUGCUAGCCAACGGAGGUCCACUUUGGCUGAGGGAGCAGGGCUCUGGUUCUGCCAUCUAGGCAGUGAAGUGGAUUUUAGUUGCAUAAAACCCAGCUGCUAUAAUGGAGAGUUACUUCUAGACGCUCAAAACUUUCAUAACUAUGGGAUGUCUCAGAUAAUCAGCAAAGGCAGGCCCAGGUAGGAGCUGGAAUAUACCAGAUGUCAGCAGUCCUGCUCGGCCACUGUGAGUGAUCCAUGACUCCUUUGCUCUUGGCAUCACAGCUGCUCAGGGCACGGGCUGAGCCCAAACCAGAUAAGAGAGAGCGCAGCCCCACUUCCCUGUCUGCGUCACGGCCUCUGCGGGCAGGCACCACCCCGUUUUCUUUUGGAGACUGUGGUACAUAAUGCGGCACUGAGAUGAAGCUGUCUCCAGCUGUUGCUUGCCCUGUGUAGGUCCAGUGGUAAGGUGUUUAUCUUAGCAGCUUGUAAAGGGACCAGAGCUGAAAACUGACGUGUGGGUGCGUUGCAGCUGCCAGCAAUGCAGCAGGGACGAGACAGGACUCGAAAGCCCCUUUUGGAGUCAGCAGCAUCUCUGUCCAUCCCCCACCUUUGCCUUCACCCACUGCCCACACUCCAACCCUGAACAUCCUCCAAGGGGGGAGCAUUUGGUAUAUCUUGUCUCACUGGGCCUUGUUCUCGAGAACCAGCUAUGGGUACCAAUAAAUGGAGCAACAGCCAGGAGAGCCUGUAGCAGCAUGGUCAGCUCAGACAGUGCCUACAUUGUGAUGAGAGGAGAAAAUUGAUUUAGUACUCUUUGAAAUGCCACAGGAAUUGAGACGGGGCAGUAUUUAGGUCUUCAGUAUAGGCCGCAGCAUACACCACACAGAAGCAAAGCAGCAAGGGACUUGUGAGUGCUGGAGGUUUCCCUGGGAACAUUCAGAUGCCAGUGGGGGAAGGUACAUGCUGGGAGCAAAGGAGCUUUCCUGUGCAUUUUUUUUUUUUUUUUUUUUUGCCUGGAGACCCUGCAAGGUAACAUCCUGGGACAAGAAGACUCUCAGAAUUUUCUGAAGGUGACCCUUUCCUCUCAUCGAACCUUCAUGUUUGUCCUUCUCCACUGCCCAUCCCCAGUUUCUCAGUGCAUUGAUGUAACUGGUGGCAUCAAUGACAGGUAAAGUCGCUUAGUGUCAGUACUUUCAAAUACAUGAGCUUGGCCUGUUUUCCCAGUUCUUGGGAUCUUCUAGAUUUACCAUCUCACCCCAGAGGGCUCCACAGCAUGCAUUCAUCUCUCAGGACAUUCCCCAAAAGCUGUGGGUGCUACAGAUACAUGGCUCUUCUUUGUAGUUUUGGUCACAGCCCUUGCCAUACUGCAUGGAGUCAAUCUCUGAUCUCUAGAUGGGAUGGAAAAUUUGGUGCCAGCAUGGUUUUGCUUGGGCCGUUUUUUCCCAGCCAGAACCAUCCUGCCUGUAUCACAAUGCACGUAGUGGGCCAGAAGUGAGUGUCAGAGAGUUCUUCACACACUCUUCCUCACUCCAUCCCUCUGCUCUGUACUUAUCCUCACCAAGUGUUUCAUUUCCAGCCUGGAGAGAUCAGCAGCAGACUUCAUCCCUGGAUCCCAUAGAAGGGGAUCACACCAAAAUCCUGUCCUCAGCUUGCAAGGGGCAGGGAGAAUCAGCUCAGGCCCAACGGUGAGCCACUUCAGUGGGAUCCAGUGCCAGUGGGACUGUGCCACCCUCAUGUUUCCAGGUCACCAAGGCCAGUAGAAAGUACACUUUGACCUGACAGAAGCAUUUAGAAACACCCAUCCAAAAGGAGCUACCCACAGACUCUGCAUUUGGGGAUACUGUGGAGGAGGGUGGGUCUUCUGGUGUCUCUUGUUUCUUUUCCCAUUGAUAUCCUGGGUGGGGACCCUGGGACACAGCCCCAUUCUCCACCUACCUCCCUCAUUGCCACCACAUCUUGUCCCACCACAUCUCGUAGGGUGCUGUCACUGUCAUCAAGCAGAGCUGGGACCCUCUCACCACCACAAUACCUAGCUGUCCACAAUGUUAAAAGCACAAACACAAAGGGACUGAACUGAUCCUUUUAAACCGGGUGAGAUGUUUUAUAAGCGCUGCCUCAUCUGUCCCCCUGCCCCAACCCUGACGCACCCGUCGUGUAACCUAUAGACUCAACGUGGAUUGUUUCAUUCAAAUAAAGCUGCAGUACUCGAG